AUGUCUCUCUUGGACGAGCGUGCUGACGAAGAGACAUCCUUCGUUCAGACAGCCGAGAGAGAGACAGAGCCUAGGGCUCUUCCAGUAGCUAAGAAGAAAAGUGGAAUGGCAUGCUCCAGUGCAUGGACGUCUGGGAAGAGACGCAAUCGGCACAAAGGCUUCGUCGGAGGGGGAACAACGGGAAUGUCUUCCAAUUCUCUCCAUAACAAUUUCACAGGAACACUACCUCAUUUAUCACCAAAGGUCAAUUAUGUGGAUUUAUCUCGUAACUCUUUCAGAGGAUCGGUUCCACAUGCUUGGAAGAACUUCAAAUAUUUGUAUUUUAUCAAUUUGUGGAAUAAUAAUUUAUUCGGUGAAGUUCUUAUGAUGCUCUCAUGUUUGACGCAUUUGAAAGUUAUCAACCUUGAAAAAAAUGAAUUUUUUGGAGCUAUACCAAACAACAUGUCGAAAGACUUAGAAGUGGUGAUAUUAAGAUCUAAUAAAUUUGAGGGAAGUAUUCCACCUCAAUUAUUCCUUCUCUCUGAUUUGAUUCAUUUGGAUCUUGCCCCCCACAAUAAGCUUUCAGGAUCAAUUCCUCAUAUUACGUAUAACACUACACUCAUGAUAGCAAAUGGUUAUUCAACAAAUCUCAUAGCUGAGGAAGACAACAUUAAUUUCUAUGAAAAAGGUAAUGUUUAUGAACGUAAACUUGACUUGUACAGGCGAACCAUUGACCUUUCAGCUAACAAGAUAUCUGGAGAGAUUCCUUCAGAAUUAUUUAAGCUGAUUGGAGUUCAAACAUUAAAUUUGUCUUAUAAUCAUUUGACUGGAACAAUACCAAACACAAUUGGAGGAAUGAAAAAUCUGGAAUCUCUUGAUCUCUCUAAUAAUAAGCUUUUUGGAGAAAUUCCAGAAAACAUGGCUACCUUGUCUUUUCUGAGUUAUUUGAAUCUAUCAUGCAACAAUUUUUCUGGACAAAUUCCAAAAGGGACUCAACUUCAAAGUUUCAACGUAUCAAGCUAUGAUGGGAACCGGGAACUUUGUGGAGAUCCUCUUAAAAAGUGUAACAUGGAAAAAGAUGCUGUGAAUACAAUCCAACAUGGAAUGAAUGAAGAUAGUGAAUUUGAUGAAGAAUCACUCUACCUUGGAAUGGGAGUUGGGUUUGCGGUUGGAUUUUGGGGAGUUUUUGGUUCUUUGCUCAUUUUUAGGAAAUGGAGACACAAAUACUACAUGUUGCUCAAUCAAUUGUAUGACCAACUUUAUGUUACUUACAUGCUCAAAUUCAAUAACUUCCGUUGCUGA